AUGUUACCGAGUCAAAUUGGACAAGCAUCGGCUGGAAACGGGUCCGCAUCGGGUAGGGGGGGUUCGGGACACGGGUCUGGAGUUCGCCCGGUGCUGGUGCGGGCAGGUGGACACGCUUACGACCCCGAUAGAGACACGGUUGUGGGAAUGCUAGGGGCUAAUAAUGGUCCAAGAGGCGCCAGACCACCGGGGAAUGGGACGCAAAUGCAGCAAGGUAGCGUGGUGGGCUUGGGCUCUCCAUCCACCGUGGUCCUACCCCAAGGAUCUCUGAGCAGGUUUGACCACGACAGAGACCCUCUUUGCAGCGGCUCGGACAACGACUCUGAUUCCGUGGAUGAUGAUGACAACGUGGUGGGAUCACUUGGGGAUAGUAGGCGAGGGGUCAAACGGGAAAGGGACAUGGAGGCAGCCGUAGUGGGGCAAGACGUGGGUCCGUGUCCAGGAGGUUACGGCAUGGUCAGCGGGGGAGUAGCAGGAGCGAAGCCGGGGAAAAAGACACGUGGAAGGGUAAAGAUAAAGAUGGAGUUCAUUGACAACAAACUCCGGCGUUACACCACUUUCAGCAAGAGGAAGACUGGCAUUAUGAAAAAGGCCUAUGAACUCUCAACCCUGACAGGAACCCAGGUGCUUCUGCUCGUGGCCAGUGAAACGGGGCAUGUGUACACAUUUGCCACGCGUAAACUGCAGCCCAUGAUCACGAGCGAGACGGGGAAGGCCCUAAUCCAAACGUGUCUGAACUCUCCGGACUCCCCCCCGCGCUCUGACCCUUCCACAGACCAGAGGAUGAGCGCCACUGGGUUUGAGGAGACGGACCUCACAUACCAGGUGUCAGAGGCCGAGGGCAUGGGAGAGACAAAGGAUUCUCUGAAGCCCACGUUUACCGUCGCCAACCUGCCCGGGUCGGUGAGCAGUACUCAGGUCACGAUCCCCACCACCUCCACCACGAUGCAGGUGAGCAGCGGGUACCCCAUCACCAACUACCUGGCCCCAGUGUCGGCCAACAGUGGAAUCAACGCCAACGGAACGGUCCUGAAGGCGGCGGGGCCAUCUGCCAGCGUGAUGCAGCUGCCCGGAGGCUUCACCUUCAUGCCCGCGGGCACCCCUCUCCCCCCUGGCACCCCCACCAUCCCCCUCAGCCAGCUGCAGUCUCACUCUUUGGCGCUUCAGGGGCAGCACGGGGCCGCCCAGGCAUCAGCGCAGGGGCAGCAGGCAGUCUUCCGCUUCCCCGCCGCUGUGUCCCUCACAGGGGCAGGAGUUCCACAGCAGCUUCAGGCCAUUCAGGUCCAUCCCAACGCUCAGGCCAACAGUAACAGCGACGGCAGCGGGGACAACUCCACAGCCACGGUGAGUCUCCCGGCAACGAUCGUCACGUCGUCGGUGCCCACCACAGUGGCGGGUCACAUGAUGUACCCCAGCCCGCACACGGUCAUGUACGCCUCGUCCCCGGCGCUGGACGGCGGGCUGGCAGUGCUCAACGCCUUCACCCAGGGCACGUCCACCAUGCAGGUGUCCCACACGCAGGGCCAGGACGCAGGGGGGGUCCCGCAGGUGUACCUCACGGCGCCUCCGGGUACCGUGCAGAUCCCGGUGUCGGCGGUGCAGCUUCACCCAAUGGUGAUUGGACAAGCGGGCGGCAGCAGCACUAGCCUCACAGAACUGCAAGUGGUCAACCUGGACACGGCACAGAACUCGAAAGGCGACUGA